GAUUGUGACUAUUAUUAAUUUAAUUUGUAAGCGUGAGGUGAACAUAACAUGGGAGAGUUGUAUAUUUAUGAGAUUUAACAAUAUUCUUGUCUAUGGUUGACUCGUAAUUAUUGUUUGAGUUCAUUGUUUUUAUUAAUGUAGGUACCCACCCUGUACCGUGUUUUUAAGUUGAUAAUCCAGAGGGUAAACAAUUUGAGGAAACUACAGAGAAAUGUUGGCGAAAUGAAAAUAUAGGUCAAGCUUACCAAAGACAGCCUCAUUUAGGCAACUAAGAAGCAGAGACGCACAAAUCUUAAAUAAUUCAACUAAUCUUGGAAUUAAUUCACUAUGGCGAGAUGCAAAUUUAGAGAUGUGUUGUGGUAUUCUUUAUUGUUAAUUAACAUAUCAUUUGCAGUAGAUGCCUCCAAAUUAAACGUUCCGAGGGUUCUAUUACCCUUAUUUAAUCAGUUUUCUACAAAUUUUACUUUGGAAGUAUCUGAGGACGGAUGUUACAAAUGGACGUCAUCAAGGCCCGACAUAGUCCAAGUAUCACCUCUCGAUGCAGACAUUGACAAUGGCUGCUCGGUCAAAGCGGUUGUGUCAGCAAUCACCAAAGAACCGACAAGAAACACCAUCAUUGUACUGGCCGAGGAAGUGAGGACGGGAUACGUGCUGCGUUGUGAUGUCAUCGUCGAUGUUAUCAAGGCUCUAAGUAUUGUAACAACGACUCGCGAACUCUUCAUGGAAGAAGCUCCGGAGAUGUUUGAAGUGCGUGCUUACGAUAAUCAAGGAAACCAGUUCACGACUUUGGAGGGAGUGGAGUUUCAGUGGUACAUUGAGAAUUUCCAGACUCCAGCUGCAAGUCAAGUCCUUCGGUUCAUCACAUUUAUUGACUCACCGUACGAAGUUCCACAUUCCGUGGCCAAAUUUGACUCUUUGGGGCAGCGAGGCAGCAUGGUGCUGAUAGAAGGGGUGAAAACCGGAGCGGCCAAGGUGUCAGUGCAGCUUCCCCAUGCAGAGUACAGUGAUGUGGCAAAAGUAGAAGUCGUGUUGACCGUAGUGGCCAACCUGCUUCUAGACCCCCCAGACACUCAUAUUUUGGUUGGCGACACUGUCAAGUUUCGGCUCUUGCAGAUGCAGAAUGGCAGACUGGACGAGAUAUCGCUGCCGUCUCCGCAGUAUGUACUGGAUGUAGAGAAUGGUGAUGUGAUUGUGAUUGACGCUUCGGUGUCUGUUGUGAGAGGUCUGCGUCUUGGACAAACUAGAGUGGUGUUGCGCGAUAGACACAGGGUACUGGAUGGGGAAACAGGUGUAGUCAAGCUACCUACAGCUACUGUUGUUGUGACAGAACCUGCCCAUUUACGUCUUGCACUGCAGCCACAUAACAACUGGGCUGUGUUAGUGGACGAGCCUUGCACCAUUCAAGUUCUGCUGUACGACAGGAACAACCACAAGAUCCACAUCGGAGACUCUGUCUACAUUCGGACAGAAGUCUCGGAGAGUUACUUCCGCACAACCGACAUGACCCGGAAUGGUACUGUGGUGGACGGUGUCACUGUUAAAGUCGGCACUGCGCCAGUCACUGCUACUCUAGAGACGGUCCGUACUAUCGGCGGCACAGAGGUCAAGUUCAAACCUGUCAUAACCGCACAGGAGGACAUGUUGAUAUACCCGCGGUUGCAGGUUGUGCCUGAUCAUGUCAUCGUUCCAUGGGACCCCAGUGUAACCAAGUACGAGGUAGAACUAAAAGCUAGUGGUGGUGAUGGCACUUACAUCUGGAGAUCCUAUGAUACAUCAGUAGCCACAGUUUCUCAGUCUGGAAUUGUCAGAUCUCACAGCUUAGGAGAGACUCAAGUAGGCGUGGCAAUGUCUCGUAACCCUUCAAUCAAGGCUUUCUCUCACAUAGAAGUGUUGCCUCCUUCCCACCUGGAGAUCCUCAAACAUGUUCUAGAAGCUCCAGUUAUGAAGCCAAUCACUCUGCACAUCGUGUUGUAUGCAGAUAGGACUGACAAAAACGGAAACUUAGAACGAAUUCCGUUCACAAAUUGCCAACAAGUUCCGUUCAAAGUGGAGUUGUCGCAUGAUAAUUUCUACCACAAUACGACUGCCCGCGCUAAACCUGUAGGUAAGGCUUGUGCAACGGUAACAGUGUUUGGCAAAAUAGUUGGAUCUGCGAGGGUGAAAAUUUCGUAUAGAGUCAAAAAUGUGGUUUUGGAAGCGACGACUGACGUGGCUGCCUAUAGUCCUUUGGAAGUGGUUCACCCGGAGAAGAGGGUUACUGUUUUGGCUUUGGGUACAUCGAGAGAUAUUGUAUGGAAAGGCGGACCACGAGUGUGGUUGGGUAGACCCGCAGAACAUGUACGUUCCAUAUCUGCAAACACGACUACAGGAAUACACAUAGGGGAAGUCACCUCAGCGAGCCCGUCAGAGUUCUAUGUUUACUCGGUGGUGUGUAAAGUCAUUGGGGAAUACAGUGUAGAGCUCACAGUUAAAAAUACUGCAGUUGAUGGGAACUCAAAGUACAGAGAAAGCGUUUCUACUGUAAAAGUUAUCUGUGCGAACCCUCGUUUUAUUUCAUUCUCACCUGAAACACCUGUCAAUGAGUCCUGUCCUUACAGCGCAGACUCGACCCGAAUGGUCGCCUUGAACUAUGAACCAAUCAAAAUCAUUGUGACAAUCACCGAUGCCCUAGGAAGAGUUUUUGACAACGCUACUAGCUACAAUAUAGAUUGGUAUUUAUCUAGUAGCUCAUUGGGGUAUGUACAAUUUGAUGGUAUGGUCGUUCUAGAAGAUUUGAAAGAGUACAACUAUCUAAUACCACUGUAUCAUUACCAGAUAAUCCAUCCGAGAAACCAAACAGGCACACUUAUAGUGGAAGCUACUGUCAAGAGCUACAAAAUGGUGAUGCUAAGUUAUUUCAAAAUCACUCCUGACAUUCCUGUUUUUUGGGUUAAAAGUGAAGUGGGUGAAAGUCUGUCUUCAGUGAUUAAAAACUCGUUGACAAUUCUAUGGGUGGACGCCUCCCUAGUAACACCUGCACGAGCGACAGUGUUCAACCAUCCCAACAACAAAGUUACACUGAGAGUCAGUCAUGGCUCGGGUUUCUUCAACAUCCAUCAGAGUUCUACAGACAUCGCAGAAGUUCAGUAUCACGAUGGUGUCAAGACUAUUGAAAUAUUCCCAAAAUCUGAUGGACUUCUUCAUCUGAGAAUCGUCGAUCUGUGUCUGUCAUAUGACUCUCCAAUUGUUGAAAUACAGGUACUGAAGGUGGGCAGCAUGCAGGUCGAGAUGGUAGAUAGAGUACAGCAAGGCAGUACCAUUACUGCGGUGGUGUGGUUGUAUGACACAGUUGACAACGCACUCUCUGUGUCUGACUCUGAUCUGCUAGAGCUGCGGCCUCAUUUAGAUAGUCAGCUGGUGACCAUCACGCGUCUGACAGACGACAACACGGACGGGCUUGUCAGGUUUAACAUCACCGGAUUGGAAUUAGGCUCGACGUCAAUAAGUUUCACCAGUGGCUAUGGAGAGAGGGAGAUACGCAGUCACCCUCAGCCCCUCCAGGUCUUCCCUCCCUUGCGGCUGUUCCCUCAUCAGCUCACCCUCCCCGUGGGGGCGCUGUUCCAACUGACGACUGUGGGGGGACCCAAACCCGACACUGCCAUGGAGUUCACCUCAUCCGACUCAACUAUUGCUAAGGUUAAUGGAGCUGGCCUCAUAGAAGCACAGAGAGUGGGAGACAUGACUGUGACUGGUUCAGCCAUUGGUUACUACAAGUCUACUGGCAGCAAGGUGGUCUACAGCAAAGAUACAGUCAAUGUGCACGUCAUUCCACUUGAGGGUGUCAAGAUCCACAGUCCACUUGUGAAGCUGCAGGUGGGCUGCAAGAUGCCUCUGUGGGCUGCUGGGAUACCUGACAAACUAUCCCCACUGGCGCUGGGCUCUAUACAACCACCUCUAGUGUUCAGAUGGUCUACCUCCGUGCCGGACACUGUGCAACUACAAGAUGUCUUCUACGGGACAGGGCUCGAGGUGCCCGAAAAAGACAGAUUGUCUAUGAGAGUGCUUGGGCUCAAGCCUGGCCGAGUCACUGUACAUCUCAACGUAACCAUGAGGACAGCUCGGCACAACGUUGAGUUCUUUGACCAACUUGAUUUAGAGAUAUACGAGGAUCUGUCCCUCACCAAGCCUGACAACUACAAGGCGUCAACACUACUGAUGGCUCCGUUCUCUCAGAUGCAUCUACGCACCAACAAGGACUCUGUGAGUGACAUAACCUACAGUGUGGUCGGGUUGUCUGAGGACAGUCGUAGCACACAGAAUACAGCUCUCACACAGUCAGCUCCUGUGGUGUUGGUAAGCAAGUCAGGCACCGUGGCUGCGUUUGGUGUCCUCGGAUCCGCCUCGGUGCUCAUUCACUCGAUCGAGGACAACGGACUCAAACAGAAUCUGCCGGUCAACAUUGAGGUGAAGCCGGUCCACUAUGUGAUGCUGAAUGUAGAGACCAAGUUGUCUGUUGGUUCGGGCAAGGUAAUCACAGCCCUACCACGAGGACUAGACCUGCAGUUUGUAUUGAGCUAUCAUGACACUGCAGGGCAAGUGUUUGCUGCCACACGCACGGACAUUCGCACCCAGCAGAACAGAUUUGACUGUGUUAAGGUAGUGCGGGGAGAAGUGAACGGAACUGUGGUAGCCAGUCUGGUAGACUAUUGCUCAUCAGUGCUAAAAGUUUGGGAUGCUGGCACCAUCAAGGUAGCGCAAGACUAUGUCAAACUGAGAGUUGACCAUCUGAUCAGUCCAUCCAAGAGUGAGAUGACUGUUGGAGACGUGGCGUGUUUCUGCAUGCCACUACUAGACAGGUCGGGUGAGGCGGGUGAGUGGAGCUCGGGUGCACCCGAGGUGCUGACUAUGGAGGCACCCACGGGUGUGGCUCGGGCUGUGAGGCCUGGUCAGGCACUCGUCAGGUACAAGUUGAAGAACUCCAUCACCACAUCCACUCUGAUACGUGUGCACCCGAUACAGGCGAUAGUGUUUUUGUCGCUGAACAACCGUAACUUGACCAACUGGGGAUCAUUCUCAGUGCCGCUGCUACUGCUCAGUGACCAUGAUUCUGUGGAGAAGUCAUCUAAUUUGGUGAGCCCCGCUUGCCCCGCCUUAGCCUCUACCAAGCCCCAACAGCUGCCCUUUAGCUGCGAGAUACGGUUCAACAGCCCCAUGACCCCUGUAGACAUACACCAUGUGUUCAACGUACAACCCAGCUUUGACACCCACACUGGACUGUACUCGUGCUACUUUGAAGCUCUAGGAGCUGUCUCUGCCAACACCAGUGUACUGUCUUCAAACGUGACUUUGCGAGCCAUCAGUGACUCCUUGGUGUCUGAACCUCUAGUGAUACCGUUCCUACCCUCAGUAUACCUCCCUACGCAGGAGUUGUUACUGACAGAUCAUCAGAGCUGGGUGUUGUUGUCUGUCAUAGGAGUACCUCAGGUGCUGGCUCAUGUUCAGGUGUUUUCUUCCUCCGAUGGAUCUUACCUGUCCGUGGUCGAGGCAAAGCGUCCAGACGCCAAUACUGUGGUUUUCCAAGUAACUGUCAACGCUCUUAGCCCUGAGAGGCAACUGUAUCUGUACGUGUUCUCUCCGCUCACUGGCCAAAACAUUACUGUGCCUGUACACAUGAAUGUGAGGGGAGGCUUAGCUUCACCUUGCUUGGCAAGACCAGCCUCCAGGUGGGUGUGGGAGUUAGAGAAACUGUGGGGAACAACUUCCACCAUCAUCUCUCUUAUUGUCAUCUUUCUGGUCAUCUGGUACUCAAGUGUAUUCAGCUGGGUACGAGUACUAGCACCACCUCCUGCUGUCUAUGCCACCAACACUCCCACUGCUACUACCAUGAUCAAUGGGUCUCCGUCGCCACAUUUUUCCGAGCAGAGGUCGUUCGUCUACCGCCAGCCGUUUUCUGAUGAAGAGCCCGUCUACGGAGACCCUAACUUUUCCCCUUCCCCUCAGUUGAGCCGACGCAGUCGCAGAUAGUCGGCUGAUCAAUUUAGUGCCUUUGUACAGAACUGAUAUUUAUUUUUUCGUAAUGACAUGUGUUCAUAGUUGUUAAUGUGUUGGAGUCCGUAAGUUUAUUGCCUUAUGUAGCCAGAGUUUCAAGAUGAUUCUUCAAAUUGAGUCUUAUUUAGUAACAAAUCAUAAAAUACUCAAAUUAUUUUGAAAAGGGGGAGUUUUGCUAUCUUACCCGAAUAAAUCAAAUCCAGGCACUAAUAGAUACACAAUAAAAAGUCAUGAAACACUGAUUUUUAUCCUUGUAGACUUCUUCAGGGAUUAGAUUGAGAAAAUGUCAGUUAACUUCAACCUACCCUUUGAAGAAAACCUAUAUUACGAUGAAACAUCAGUUUUAUGUAUUUUGACCUUUUAGUAUAUCUUAUCAGCCCCUGGACUCUUAAUUUUCUUAGGUAAAAUAGUUGAUUUUUUUAUUUCUUAACAACUAGCUACUUGGCUUUCCUUGUCACCCUUCCUCCAGAUAAUGCAAAGUCAAGUCACUUAAAGUUACUUUUGGAAGAAAGAGCACCUGGCUUAUGAAUACAUUAAGGAAGAAGGAAUGUAUACGCAAUUAACAAAAACAAUUGAUCCGAGAAAAUAUAUCCAGUUAGUUGAGGUAGCAUACGAACAGUUGAAAACACAAUUUAUAUGAUAUUUCGCUCCUACAAGAGGACUUCUUCACUCUGUCAAACAUCUCUAUUUAUUUGUGUUUUAAACUUGUCUGCUGUAAAAUAACUGGAUUUAUUUUCUUAGAUUAAUUUUGUUCUCAGGCCUAAGUUAGUCUAUUUCUUUUUUCGUAUAAUAUUCGCAAGUCACUAGAGGUAAUGUUUUAGAUUCGCUUGUUAAUUUACAAUGUGCUCUUCCGCUAAUUAAUUGUCAUUAGAAUUGUCCAAACACAAGGAAUACAAGGCUGUGAAACCAGAUGAAUAAAGCACAGCUUCUAGUCUUUGUAAAACCAGUGUUGCCAAGUGUUGAAAAGCACAACAAAUUGGAAAAAUGUAGGGUUCUGCUUCACAUUAAGAUGUAAGUUUGAUGUUAGUUCAAAUGUUCAAAGUAUUUUGGGCCAAUUUGAAACCCAACUUUUUUCAGAACUCUCAAAGAACAUUGGAAGCAAAAUUUUACCUCAGGCUCCAACAAGUUCAACAGGGUGUUCUAGAACCUAGAUGAAGAAAUUAUUUGUAAGUUACCACUAUUAAUGACUCAAUGAAAGCCCUAACCUUUUUGAUCAAAGGGUUUGUUUGUGAUAAUUGCUUGUAAAUUGUAAACAUUGACAAUUAUUGUAGUUGCCUUAAAUUAGGCAAACACCAUGAAAGAUUAUGUCAAUCUAGCCAACGGAAAUAUUAAUUUUUCAUCAGUUUUUUGACUGGAAAUUCCAAAUAGUACUGAUAUUUUAGACUCUACUACACCCUGUUUAAAUAAGUAGUUGUUAACUGUGACUUAAUAAUAAGUAGUUUUAAGAUGUGUACCUUUGUAAUUAAUAGGGUUGUAAAAUUAUUUAGGACAUUCAAAUGGUUGUAAAAUAUUUUACGCUUACUAUUUGACCACUGUUAUUUUCCUGGAGGCUUUAUACAUGUGACGGAAAGAAUAAUUGAUUUAUAAUGUACGAUUAGUAAAAGUGUAGGUUUUUUUAGACGAUGAAUAAAACAUACUUUAAUUAAGAGUGUUUAUUUAAAACAAGCUACUUUUUGCUCACUUGGAAGAAAUAUAUUUCAAUUUACAAUGAAUUACUAUUCAUCAAAUAACAAAUUUGAUUUAAGAAUAUUUAACAAAACAACUUUUUUCAACAAACAUUUUCUGUUACUGGGUAAUAAAUCUUUCAAGACACAAGUUUGUUUUAUUGCAAAUUAAACUUGAUAAGUUUCACGUUGAUACAGUAACUAAUUGAGUAUCAGUAUGUCUAGUCUUCCAUGUCUAUAAAUUGAUUUUGAACUGAAACUUUGUA